AUCUUAAGAAGGUGACGACUCGGAGUAGAGCACAGACCGCAGACCGCUUCGUUCUGCUGAAGGAGGCGUUGCAGUCCCUCUGGUACUUGAAGGACUCUUAUUGGAAAACAAAUUACAAUGUCCCACAUACAGAAGCAUGAUCAAGGCUUUGAGGGCGAGCGAGAGGAGGAGGUUCCUGCAGCUCAAGAGGUAGGCACCUCGGAGAAGGUAGCUGCUGCUGCCGAUUCCCAGGAAGCCUCCUCAUCCUCUGCUUCUACUCAAGCCGCUGCAUCAAGCAAAGCAAAUAAAGGUUCUCGUGGUCAAGCAGAGGGAGGUCAAGGUACCUCAAAGGCCUUCCUGUUCUCCAAGUUUUUGCUCAACAGUAAGCUUCGGAAGAAGGUUAUUGAUUUGGUGAAGUUUCUGAGUUUCAAGUAUGUAACAAAUGAGCCUGUCACAGAAGCAGAAAUUCUGAAGAGAGUUGUGAAGGAGUACAAGGGCUACUAUGCAUUGAUCUUCAAGCACGCCUGCGAAUGCAUGGAAGUGGUCUUUGGCAUUGAAGUAAAGGAAGUGGAGGCUGUGAACCACACCUACAAGUUACAGAAAAUCCUUGACCUCACCUAUGAUGGGCGGAUCAGCAAUGAAGAGGGGAUACCCAAGACCGGCCUCCUGGUGCUUAUCCUUGGUGUAAUCUUCAUGGAAGGCAACCGUGCCUCUGAGAAGAAGAUCUGGGAGGUGCUGAGUAUGGUUGGUGUGUAUCCUGACCAGCAUGAUUUUAUAUGUGGAAAUCCCAGGAAGUUCAUCACUGAAGAUUUGGUGCUAGAGAAUUACCUGGUGUACCAGCCUGUACCUCACAGUGAUCCUCCAAGUUAUGAGUUUCUGUGGGGCCCAAGGGCUCAAGCUGAAACAAGCAAAAUGAAAGUCCUGCAGUUUUUCUCCAAGGUUGCUGGGAGUAACCCCGCUUCCUUCACCGCUUUGUACAAAGAAGCUCUGGAAGAAGAAGAGGAGAAAGCCCGGGCUCUGCUUGCCUCCACAGCCAUUUCAGGUUCUGGGGACAAGCCUAGCGGUGUCUCCCACCCUGAGUAAAUUUAUGAAGUAAAGUUCUUCAUACCAGGUUUAAAGAGGGCAAACAAGCCUUCAAGCAGAAUAAAUUUUAGUUUUAAUUUACUUUCUGUACUAAUUCAGAUGUUUCUCUUUAAAAGGUUUAUUAACUUCUGAGUCUAGAUUUAUUUGUUGCAUUGCUCACACGUUUGCUACUGAUUGCUGGUUUUCAGAAUAAGAACCUUGUUGCUAAACACAAGUUGAGAAUGUUUUCAGCUUUGAGACCUAGAGCAUUGUGACUAAAUUUUCCUUAGAAAUGGGAAAGUAGUUAAAUAAUAUCAGUAAGUGCAAGAAGAGAUGUAAAAGAAAAUGAUUAAUACUGGAAUUCUUGUAUUCUGUUUAUCUGCAUUGUGAAACUAAAGAUGUACACCUGACUUGUUUUACUCAAGAAUGCAUGAGAAAUUAAAUCUUAAUAAACUGUACUAACUCAU